AUGGAGGGAUUAUAGACUCAAGAUAGGAAAGUGUUCUAUGUAUAUGACGAAAGAAUGCUUGCUCAUAAAUAAUAUAUCAAACCCCCACCUGAAGGUUCAACUUAAAAAGUUUUGGUAAACCCCGAAAUUCCUGAAAGAAUCUCAAGUAUAUAUAAUCAUCUAAAAAACGAAGGACUCUUAGAUUAAAUGGAUAAGCUUGAGGUAUAAGGACUAGAUGAAAUUGAAGAACUUAUAGCUGCCAUUCAUUCUUAAGAGCUAAUUGAUAAAGUAAGGGACUCAUGCGCCAAAUUAGCUGAAGGAGAGAGUAGCAAUGUGAUAAAUCCUGGGUAGGGAGAGAUAUACGAGUGUAAGGAUACGUAUGAAGCAGCAAAAAUCUCAGCUGCAGGAGCUGUGGCUGGACUAAGAGACAUCUUAGAUGGCAAACAUGAAAAGGGGUAUUGCAUAAUUAGACCACCAGGUCAUCAUGCAUAUCAUAAUCAUCCAGCUGGCUUUUGCUUAUUUAAUAAUGUUGCUAUAGCAACUAAAGUUGCUCUUUCAGCUCCAUACAACUUAGAAAGAGUACUUAUCUUUGAUUGGGAUAUCCAUCAUGGUGAUGGCACACAAGCUCUGUUCUACGAUGAUCCAAGAGUCCUUUUUAUGUCGUUGCACAGAACUGACAAACUUACUUUCUAUCCUGGGUAUAAAGAAUGCCUGCCUGAGUUUGUUGGAGAAGGCAAAGGUCAGGGUUUUAACGUGAAUGUUGCUUGGGAAACAGGCUUAGUAGUAGAUGAAGUUGAUAGAUCUAAUAAUACUGUAUCAACUCUUGGUAAUCAUGACUACAGAUAUGCUUGUGAUACUUUGCUAUUCCCAAUCAUAGAAUAAUUUCAACCUUAAUUAGUAAUUGUUUCUUGUGGGUUUGAUUCAGCCAUUCAUGAUUUCCUCGGAUUCUCAAAUGUUUCUCCUUUGAUGUACUAGUACAUGACCUCUAAGUUAGCAUCAUUCUGCCCUAAGCUGUUAGUGGUUUAAGAAGGAGGCUACAAUAUUGAUUAUCUAGGUCAGCAUGCUCAAGGAGUAACCAAUGGUCUCCUUGGAAAUGAGAUUAAUAAAGUUGUUACUCAAGCUGACAAGGAUUUCGGCAUUUCUACUAUUGAAGAAGUGGAUAUCCAAAAAGCUAAUGAUUAUGCUAUUGAAAAUGUUGAAUUAACAAGAAAGCAUAUCAAAGAAUUUUGGAAAAAUAUUGAAAAAGAAUGA